CCAUGGCAACCCCAUCGAAGCGGCGUGCAUUCAAUGAGCGGGAAGAUAUCUUGCUCCUGACUCAGGUAUCAGUUGAAAGACCGCAUAUUGCACGAAGAGGCCGCAUCAUGGAUGUGUGGGACUCAGUUGCGCGCAAUCUUAACACACUCGACGAGUUCAAUCGACGCCACUUCGAUGGUAAAAGAGCGCAAGCACGGUUCAACCUGCUUCUCCGAGACCACAAGGAGAGGAACGUUGCAUCAAAUCGGCCUUCGGGAUCCGAUGAAGUUGUAGACGAGCGUGUUGUGCUAUUGGAUGACUUGAGCUCGCAGGUUGAAGAGGCCAAGAAAGAAGAAGCGGAUCGUGCAGACAGUGAGGCGGAGGCUGCAGCUCGUGCUGAGGAGUCUGUUGUUUUAGUGCGAGAAGAAGAAAUGAAAUCGCAAGGCAAGCGCAAGAAUCGUGAAGGUGACGAUGAAGCUGCAGGUGGCAAGAUGCCCAAGGUCCUGACGCUGAUGAAUGAUGCGAACAAGAGUGAGCUGGAGCUGCGGAAGUUUAUGUUCGAAAAGGAGCUCGAAGAACAUCAAAAAGAGCGCGGUGCAAGCCAGGGAACGCGAGGCCCAAGCUAA